GAGAGCGACACACCGACGCCGCGCCGAGCAGUCCGUCUCCUGGUCCGCACCACCAUGGCGUCCUUCGCCGCCAAUCGCUUCGCGGUCCGCGGCCGCCUCGUGCACGCGACGGAGACGCCCUGCGUGCUCGAGUACGUUGAGGACGGCCUCGUCGUCCUCGCGGCGACGGACUUCCUCGUGCCGGGCCUCGUCGACUGCCACGUGCACGCGGCGCAGUACGCGUACACGGGCACGGCGACGGACAAGCCGCUCAUGGAGUGGCUCCAGCACUACACCUUCCCCGCCGAGCGGCGCUGCGCCGACGUCGCCUACGCGCGGCGCGUCUACGAGAAGCUCGUGGACCGGCUCCUCGCCAACGGCACGACGUGCAGCGCCAUGUACGCGACGAUCCACGUCCCGGCGACGAAGGUCCUCGUGGACGUGUGCCUCGAGAAGGGCCACCGCUGCGUCGUCGGCAAGGUCUGCAUGGACCGCAACGGCGCCGAGGGCUACGAGGAGACGACGGCGGAUGCGCUCGCGGGCACCGAGGCGGUCAUCGAGUACGUGAAGGCGCGGCAGCCCGGCGCGGCGCCGAGGACGCGCGUCGUCCAGCCCUGCGUCGUGCCGCGCUUCAUCCCGACGUGCACGCUGCCGCUGCUCGCGGGCCUCGGCGCGCUCGCGAAGAAGCACGACUGCUGGGUCCAGAGCCACGCGUCGGAGACGCCCGACGAGAUGGCGUUCGUCGCGAGCCUGCACCCGGGCCGGUCCGACUCGUCGAUCUUCGACGACGCGGGCCUCCUGACGGACAAGUGCGUCAUGGCGCACUGCGUCUACCUCGACGAGAACGAGCUCGGGCUCUUCGCGAAGCGCAAGUGCGGCGUCGCGUGCUGCCCGCUGUCGAACGCGGUCUUCUCGCUGUCCGAGGGCACGAACGCGUUCCCCCUCAAGCGGGCCCACGCGCGGGGCGUGCCCGUGGGCCUGGGCACGGACAUCGCCGGCGGCUACGCGACGUCCAUGCUCAGCGCGUGCCGCCACGCCGUCGUCGCGUCGAAGCACGCGGCGAACGAGCCCGACGUCGACUACCGCGACGCCUUCUGGACGGCGACGCUCGGCGGCGCGCGGGCGCUGGGCCUCGGCGACACGCUCGGCUCCUUCGCCGUCGGCAAGCAGUUCGACGCGUGCAAGAUCCGGUGCGAGGCCGGCGUCUACGACACGUUCCCCGAGUGCAUCCCCGACGGCACGCCCCGGCUCCACAUCGACUUCGAGCAGUUCCUCAACCUCGGCGACGACCGCAACGUCGCCGCCGUCUUCGUCCAGGGCCGUCUCGUCAAGGGCGCGGUCUAGCACUUGGUCUAGCUUGUUUUUAAUACGUCCACUGCCGGC